AUGUCUACUGUUGCUACGCCUACGAGCACCCCACCACCUCCUCCGCAAGCAAGGAGACCUGUGACGGUCGACCGGCCCCUUCCCGAAGUGAAUACCGGCCGUGGAAAGAAGACCGCAGCGUUCGGUAUCGCCGUCGUAAUCUGGACAAUCGCAGCCGCCCUUGCUUUCAACCACGAGAGAAUGCUUUCACCUAUCGUUCCCUCAACCCUCCACUCCCUGCGACGAUCCGCCGGCGCUCAAAAGUUAAUAGGCGACAAGAUUGACUACUACGACAAUUGGCCAUGGAUCUCGGGCAAGAUCAACCAGGGCCAGGGUAUCGUGGAUAUCGAGUAUGACGUCAAGGGAAGCAAGCAGGGUGGACGUAUGCACUUCAAGAGUAUCAGGAGAACUAAGAACGGCCAGUGGGAGUUGAAUGUGUGGACUUUGAGAGCAGAUUCUGGUGAGAUUUUGAACUUGGCGUAUGAGUUGGAGAAUCCGCAAGAUUCUCUGCAGCGUGACAAAGAAGCUAUGAGCAUUCUUGAAGCUUAAGGUUGAGCAUACACCGGUGGGGUGUAAGAUAUGAGUGGUAAGAGAACAGGCAUAGAAAGGGAGGGGAAGGGGAGGAUGCAGGUAUGAAAGACUCACUGCAAGCAUAGUCAAGGUCCAAGGGAAUUCAAUAUAUAUGCAUCCCUGCGCAAGAACAAAAACAGCCUGACAUACUCCCAUCCCCCACCCAUACUCAUAGAAUUAAUG